GCUGCAAAUGGACAACCUGACAUUCAGACACAGCGUUCUCCUCAUGGAGAGACUAAAAGUUACACCUCAGUCCUCCUAUCCAGUUUUUAUCCUGCUCUUCUUGGCUUAUGUCUUUACAAUGGUAUCUAACUUUGGACUUAUAGUUUUGAUCUCAACGGAAAAGAAUCUUCAUAAUCCUAUGCAUUUUCUUUUUUGUAACUUGCCACUGAACGAUAUGCUAGGGACCACUGUCAUUUUGCCACGCUUAAUGCAAGACAUUUUACAAGAAACCUCAGAGCACUAUAUCAGUAUCACAUAUAUGCAGUGUGUUACUCAAGCAUAUUUUGUGCACAUAUUUAUAGCAGCAUGCCACUAUGUGCUGAUAAUCAUGGCCUUUGACAGAUAUGUGGCUAUAUGUAAUCCACUUAGAUAUUCUGCUAUAAUGACCAAUAAGAUGGUAAUUAAACUAUCAGCAUUUGCUUGGGGCCUGGCCAUUCUUUUGGUGACAAUUAUGUUAGGUCUCACUGUGCGUCUGUCUCACUGCAGAUCUAAAAUUGAAAACCCUUUCUGUGACAAUGCCUCACUGUUUAAACUAUCCUGUGAAAGUGUGGUCAUAAAUAAUAUUUACGGAAUUGUUUAUACUGUGGCUGUACUCUGCUUUUCAGCAGUAUCUAUAUUUAUAACAUAUGUCAAGAUUGCUGUUGUAUGCAAAAGUAGCAAAAACAAAGCGCUCAACAGCAAAGCCAUAAAAACCUGCAGCACUCAUUUAGCUGUUUAUUUAGUCAUGUUUUUUUCUGGAGCUAUCAUGACAUUUCUCCACCGGUUUCCUGAAUACUCUGACAGCAGGAAACUAACUAGUAUAAUGUUCCACAUUUUACCGCCAGGAUUAAAAAUCCCUUAGUAUAUGGUUUACAAACCAAAGAAAUAAGGCAAAAAGUAGCUAAACUU